AUGAUUAAAAGCCGCGACAGGAAAUUACCGUCGAUUGCCGUUGCUGCUCGAUGCAACAUCUUCGUGGGGAACCCAUCAGCCGGUUACCGCCAGCCGGGUAUCGCGCGGUGCGAUAGAAGACAGAAGUCAGCCAUGGUGCCAGCCAUCAUUGCCAGGUUGAAGGCCAGCAACACAACCUACGCAAAGGCUAAUGGAGGAGAGUAUGACUUCCUGAUCGAUGGUCCAAUGUCUCUACCACUGGAAGAGGAUUACCUCGAUGUAGAAUUUGAAGGAAUCCAAAAGCUCCUGACUGACAUUGACCUUGGCCGCCAAUGGCUGACUCAGAUGGGGAAUGGGGCUGCCAAGAACGGGUUGACCAUCCAGUACUGCAUGUCUUACCCACGUCAUAUGCUACAGUCUCUGGAAAUACCUGUCGUCACACAGGCUCGUGCAAGCCAUGACAACGUACCAGGCACCGACAACUGGAAGAUCGGUGUGACAUCACUAUUUGCAUGGGCAAUUGGCAUUGCACCCUUCAAGGAUAUUUUCUGGACGACCAGCGUUCAGCCUGGAAAUACUUACAAAUCCUCGGAUCCAUACACGGCCCUUAAUGCUGUGGUUGCAACCUUAAGCACAGGACCAGUUGGAAUCGGUGACAUGGUUGGGGGCACAAACAAGACACUCAUCAUGAAAUCUGUAAAUACUGACGGUCUGAUCCUGAAACCAUCUCGACCGGCGACUUCAAUUGACAACAGAAUACGGAGGAUGGCUUGGUCAGACUUUGAGGGUCCUGAUGGGGAGGUGUGGUCCACGUAUUCAGAUUUUGGUGGAAAGAACAAGUACGGUAUCAUCCUCGCUGCAGAUCUUCAGGGAAACUACACCAUGACACCUUGCAUGGCUGGAUAUCAAGGGUUUCCUACGUCCAUGGUUUUCCCAGCCAGCAAUCCCAACAAGAUCCAACCAUUGACAGACCCCCAACCUUUGACAAUGAGUGGCUGUACCAUGGCUGACUUCUGUCUCUUCUAUGUAUCACCUGUACUGAGCAUCAAUGA